AUGGCGGGGUCGCUGUCGGGCGACGAGCUGGCGAACGGCAAGGCGCUGGUGCCGUUCCUGCAGCGCGCCGAUGAGCUUCAGAAGCACGACCCGCUCGUCGCUUACUACUCUUCUCUUUGCUUCUGCGCCGCUGCCCUGUGCGAUGUGCGCCGCUGCCCUGUGCCAUGUGCGCCGCUGCCCUGUGCCAUGUGCGCCGCUGCCCUGUGCCAUGUGCGCCGCUGCCCUGUGCCAUGUGCGCCGCUGCCCUGUGCCAUGUGCGCCGCUGCCCUGUGCCAUGUGCGCCGCUGCCCUGUGCCAUGUGCGCCGCUGCCCUGUGCCAUGUGCGCCGCUGCCCUGUGCCAUGUGCGCCUCCCGCAUCAUCUGCUCCGCAGGACAAGGCGGCGCUGCAGCUGUCGCCGGACGGCGGGCUGCAGCGUCUCCUUUCCAUCCCUCCGCCCUGGUUCAAUCGUUGAUGCACCUUGCCUGCCACAUGCUCCUGCCUGGCAGGACAAAGGCGGUGCUGCAGCUGUCCCCAGUCGACAGAUUGCACGUGGAGGGAGGGAAUUUCUCCCUUGUCUCCCCGUCCUGUUUCAAUCGUCAAUGCACCUUGCCAACCCCUCGCACCCCUCCCUCUGUUCCUCCGCCCGGCAGGACAAGGCGGCGCUGCAGCUGUCGCCGGACGACGGGCUGCACGUGGAGGGAUUCGCGCAGCGCGUGUUCAGCAAGGCGGACAAGCAGGACCGCGCCGGCCGCGCUGACAUGUGCGUUGCCUCGCAUGGCUUGCCGUGGGGUGAUGUGGGGUGCUGCUGCUGGCGCUGCGGCUCAUUGGAUGGGAGAAGGGGAAUGGGGGAGGGUUGGGGGGGGGGGGAAGUGUGUGGUAGGGGCGAUGAGUGGGAUGAGUGCGUGCCACUGCUAUGCGGGGCGGGGACGUUGGGCACGGCCAAGACGUUCUAUGCGGCGGGGAUAUUCUUUGAAGUGUGCCGCCAGUUUGGGGAGCUCGCUCUCGAGGUGGAGCAGAAGCAGCGCUACGCGGUGUGGAAGGCGGCGGACAUACGCAGGGCGCUGGCGGACGGCAGGCGGCCCACUCCCGGCCCACCGGGGGGCGACGCUGAUGCCACCGCUGCUGCUCCCGCCGAUGCUGCCGCCACUGCAACAGCCCCUGCCGUGGCCCCUCCUGCAGCGCCCUCGUUCCCCUCAGCCGACUCCCUGGAUGCCAUGUUCUCCGGCCCUCCUGCUCCCAGCACCUAUGGUGCCAACGCUGCCCCAGCUGCCCCCGGUGGCGUCAGUGCCAUGGGUGGUUCCGGCAGGCUGCAGGUAGCGAGGCCGGUGGGAGGUGGCACCGCUGCCAUGCAGCCCAACCCUCAUGCCCAAGCGAAUCCGUAUCACCAGGGCCAUGGGGAUUACUUGCAAGCACCCCAGGGGCAGGCAGCACAGGCGGCGCAGGCAUGGCAGCAGAGCACAGCCGCGUCAGACAGCGCAUUUAUCACCUCCUUUGCCACCGCCCCUGCUGCCCCUUCCUCCUCCUUGCCCACGCCUCCUGCCAACUCCCUGGUCUCCCCACCAACCUUCACCCAUUGGGCUCCCGACUCCCAGUACCCCUCUGCCACGCCACCCUCCACUGCCAACCCUGCAGCCCCGUCAGCCCCGUCAGCCCCAGCAGCAGGCGGGUGGGCCCAGCCUGCUGCUGCUGCUGCCGCACCGCCAUUCCAACAGCCACAGGCAGGAGCAGCGGCGGCGGCGGCGGCAGCAGCAGGCGCUUUCACAAACCCCAUGUUUGCCACCCCGCCUGCCCCCAAUGCAGCCCCUGGCGGUGCUGCUGCUGCCAGCGCAGGCAUGGGGGGUGCAGCAGGGGGUACCUAUGGGGCACACCCAUCGCAGGCUUCUCCACAUUCGGAGUACGGUGGAGGUGGUGGGGGUUCGGCGUCAGGCGGGGGAGCAAGAGCAGGGCACAACGUUGCAGCAGCAGCGAAUGGGUCUACGGCCAUGGCCAGCGUCUCAAACUGUCAAGGCCCAGGGCCUCGCGAGAUAGCGGAUGCGCACAAGGCGGCUCGAUAUGCCUUUACAGUGCUCCACACCUGCCCAGAUUCUCUACAAACGGUGCUCCACUGUGUGUGCUCCCUCAGUGGUGCACACACUGACGCACGUCUGCAUUGUGGUGGAGUUGAAGGUCUUGGGCAUCAUCAUCAUCACCCCAUAUCCUUACCGACAUCGCCGGUUUCCACAGUUUUCCUUCCCAGUAGAGUUGACCAAUUAGGCAUGGCAGAAACCGCGGCCUCACCGCAUUUCAAGGCGUCGCUCGACACUUAUGUGUUGCGUCCGUUGCAGCGCGCUUCGUCCAUCAUGGGGUCGGGCGAACUUUGGCAGCGCGCCGCCGACAUGGAUGAAGUCGUCGCAGAGGCGCACGAAGGCUCUGUCGCGAGCACCGCUGCGACGACGAACGAAGGGGCUGCGACAGGGAAGAAGUGGAGCGUGAUGGGGUCGACGGCGCGCAAGGUGCAGCGGAUGCUGUUUGCGGACAAAUCGGACAAAUCGGACAAAUCGGCGGUUUCUAACGCAGACAGAAAGUCCAAGCGUCUGCUGCCGUCGCUGCUCUCCAACUCUCGCCGUCAGGAGCGCGCCGGACAAGAUUUGAGUUUGCGGGUCGGCAGCUGUCGCGUGGAGAGCGCCGAGAGCGUUGUGGAUGAUGGCGGAGAGCACGGCGCGGACCUCGGCCGACGAAGCGCCUCGUUUCAGCACUUGGCGGUCGAUUCUUGUCAUAACGAAAUGGUUGGGCGGGAGGCGACGAGCGUGGACGAGCGAGAGGAUUCGGAACCCGGCGGCGCGGAUCCAGAGCGCCGUGCGGAAGGCGUCGAUUUCAUUUCGUUGUCCCCGCGCGCGACGAGUGCGACGAAUGCGUCGGGUGUACCAGAGGGCGUAGAUCGACCGUGUUCUGAGAAUGAGCACUCAGCAUCGCCUCCCGAAUCAAACAGCUCACGCGACAGAAUCGUUUUGGCGCUGCCUCGCCCCGUGCGCCCGCAGACAGCCCCCAGCAAGAGCGCCGCUUCCCCCCGUCACAUCGACGCGCGUGAUCCCAUUUUUUCCCGACGCAAGACCGCGCCAGUAGCCCCUGCCGUGCUGCGCGAAUCGGGUGCCGCCUCGGGCGAGCUCAAGCCGCAGCUCGCCGACGAGCCGCUUCUCGCCUCCGCCUCGGAUUGGUCAAGCGCCGCGCUCGCCCUUGUUGCGCCCCCCCCUCCACCCAUUGACACGCCCCCCGCGCUACCGUUACCAUCCCCUGUCGUUCCCCGGCCCCCCAGCAGCGACGGAGUGGGGAACAGAAGCGGCAGGUUGAGGGCGGGAAGGGGGACGCGCGCGGGCGGAAGGGCGGGGGAAGGGCUUCGAGUGGAUGUGGCAGGCAGGCGCCAGCGGUCAAGGCACAGUGAUGAGCUGGCAUGGGCGGAGGCGCUAGGGGGGCAGGUACUGGCGCGGAGCAAGACAGCGGAGAGAGAUGCGGGCGCGAGGGGGCGUACAGGCGGGGAAGUGGCUCGUGUGGGGCGACAUCACCACCUGUCGGCCUCUUGGGACUGCGAGGGGGAGAUUCGCAUGGGGAGGGAAGACAAGGGGGCGUUCCCUGUUAGGGUUGAGAGCUUGGACGAAGCAAGUUGGGGGAGUGUUUCGGGGAGGGAAAGACCAACCUCAUCAGGAGGAAGGGUGCCUAUCACUGCGCACGGGAAAGUAACGCGCGUUGCCGCGUUGAUGGAACGGCCGCGAGGAAGCCUCGAGGACUUGAGCGUCGCGUCGCCGUGCUCGCCGGGCGCCGACUACCACUCCGCGCCGGAGCUCAGAGGCCGCGCUUCCACGCCCGCCUCUGCGCCGAGCACGAGCGCAAGAUCCCACGUCUUUGACGGUUUGGAGCCUGACCGUUUGGAAAAUGACCGGUUGGAGAAUGGCCGGCUGGAGGCCGGCAGCUGCAGCUUGAGUGACCGGGAAGGAAGCGAGUCGCAGGCUUUCCUCUCCGCGUGGUCGCCGCCGGACGCAGGACGAGGCGAUGACUCGCAGGCCGUAUCGUCGUGGUCACAGUCGCGCAAGUCCCGGCCGUCGCCACGGCACGCGCGGAGCAGUAGCUGGGGCGGCAGCGGGUGGGGAGGCAGCGGGUGGAUAUGCAGCGCGUUGGAUCCCAGCGGAGCGGCGUGCUGUUUGGUGGAGCCGUGCCGCGCCAUCUGCUCGCCCAAGUUCUUCUGGCAGGCAAGGAUGGGGGCUUGUUCCUCAUGCGCCGUCUCCCCCUCUCUUCCCCCCUCUCCCCCUCCUUCCCCCUCUCUCCCCCUCCCUCCCCGUUACUCCCCCUCCUGCCGCUCGCUCGGUGCAGCGCAGGUGGCGUCAGUGGCGCAGUGGUGCACAUUCAACAUUAUCAUGAUCCUCGUCAACAACGAGAUCUUCCAGUCUACCCCGCCUCAUUUCCCUCCGCCCCUCGGCCCCUCAUUCCCCGCCGCUGCCCCGUGUCUCUCUGCCCCGCUGGCGCCCCGCAACCCCGCCCCCCCUGGCCUGAUCCCCCACCUGCAGCGGUACGGCUUUGCCUUCCCGCUCACGCUCACCGCCAUCCACUUCGCGCUCUCAUUUGUCGGCGCCUUCACGGCUAUUGAGGUCAGUCGUGCCUUCACGGCUAUUGAGGUCAGUCGUGCCUUCACGGCUAUUGAGAUCCUGCAUGUGUGCCCCAAGGCGGAGGUGGAGGCGGGGGAGAUGGUGGCGUGGGUGAUGCCCAUGGCGGUGGUCACGUGCUUCAACGUCGUGCUCGGCCAGCUCUCCCUGCGCUACGUGCCGCUGCCCGCCCUCCUCUCCACCAAGGCCCUCUCGCCCGGCCUCACAGUGGCUAUCCAGGCGCUGGCGCUACAGGCGGAGUACGACUGGCGGCUGUGCCUCUCGCUGCUGCCGGUGAUGGCGGGGGCCAUGCUGGCCUACGCGCCCUCCGUGCACUUCGCGCUGCCCACGUUCCUGUCGGCGCUGUGCUGUGUGGUGCUGGGCUGUGCCACUGUCAUCUGUGCCGAGGUGCUGCUCAAGGGCAAGCAGUACAGCCUCGACUCCCUCAACGCCCUGUACCAGCUGGUGCCGUACUCGGCGCUCAUUCUCGCACCGCCAGCAGCAGUGCUGGAGGGGUGGCAGCUGUGGGGGUGGUUCAUGGCGCAGGCCAACCCCUGGCCCGCUGUCAUCGCCAUCCUCAUUAGUGGCUGCUUCGCUUUCUGCCUCAACUUCUCCCUCUUUUACACGAUUCAAAAGACCAGUGCGCUGACGUUCAACGUGGCGGGCAAUCUGAAGCUCGUGAUCACUCUCAUCUUCUCCUGGCUGCUCUUCCGCACGCCCAUGGCCCCCAUCAGCCUGCUCGGCUGCCUGCUGGAGGUCGUAGGUGUGGUGUGCUACGGCUGGGCGAUCUUUUCCAUGCGCAAGCAACAGGUAGAGCUUUUGAGAUCGCCCUCUGCGCAGGUUAGGGUGGAGCAGGAGGCUAGUGACGACAUUGUGCAGGUGUACCUAGGAGCUAUGCUGUAA